AUGAUCAAAGUGAACAAGAUCAAACAAAUCGUACGUUUGAAACAUGUUUUGAAGAAGUGGAAGAACAUGAGUUUAAGGUGUAGUUCUGUUCAAUCUGGUCGAAAUGAUUCAGACUUUGAAUCAGGUCAUAAGUGGAAAUGUACACCUUCUGGUACCCUACCGGUGUAUGUAGGAGCUGAACGUCGCAGAUUCGUCAUCCCAACUGAGUUCCUGAACAUGCCGAUUUUUGUUGCUCUGUUGAAUCAAGCGGGGGAGGAGUUUGGGUACAGGAAUAACGGUGGAUUGACAUUGCUUUGUGAUGUUAAUUUCUUUGAGGUGCUGUUGGAAUUUCUGGAGAGAGAUGAAGAGAGGUUUAAAGUCCUAAGUUUGGAGGAGUUUUUGAAUAUUUUCUCGGAAGUUGAUAUUGAUUUGUGCAAGGAAACGGUGGAAGAAUCUCAUGUUCAUUUGAUUGCGCCGAUGAUGCAAAAGAGCAGAGCCUGA